CAGAACAAGUCAAAAAAAUUGCACUGCAGGUUUCCUGCUACUGCGCCACUGUGGAAGGAAGACUGAUGUUUGGUAGUGUUGGUUCAGCUGAAGUCGGAUUGAGGCAUUUCAGUUUGCAUUUGAUUUUUUUUCUCUGGCUGAAACCAUGGGACUUGUUCUACGUGUGGUGCUGCUGUGGCUGCUGUUUAUUGGAGAGCUACAGGCAGGCAUUACAUCUUCCUAUCAUGGCCCUGCAUCUGGCAUUGGGGACAUGAGCUACAAGCCCCAGGUUCCUGGCUACCCGUCCCAGCCUCAGCCCCAGGUUAAUCUCCUUCAACCAAGGUCUGACUAUAAACCCAUGCCCCAGCAGCCCAUAUCUGAGCCGCAUCCUCGGUCCAUGCCCGAGUGGCCCAGGCCCAUGCCCGAGUGGUGUUGGCCCGAGCCCAUGUCCGAGCGGCCCAGGCACAUGACCUGGCGGUGUUGGCCCAUGCUCGAGAUGCCCGAGCGCCCCAUGCCCGAGAUGCCCCGUCUCAUGCCUGAGCGCCGUUGGCCCAUGCUGGAGCUGCAGUCCAAGCCCGAGCCGCCCAUGCCCGAGAUGCCCCGUCCCAUGCCUGAGCGCCGUUGGCCCAUGCUGGGGUCCAUGCCCGAGCCGCCCAUGCCCGAGCGUCCUAUACCCGAGAGGCCCCGUCCCAUGCCCGAGCGCCGUUGGCCCAUGUUGGAGCUGCAGUCCAUGCCCGAGCCGCCUAUGCCCGAGCGUCCCAUACCCAAGCGUCGCAUGCCUGAGCGCUGUUGGACAAUGCUUGAGCGAGCGCCCCAUGCCCGAGAUGCCCCGUCCCAUGCCUGA